AUGAUCUAUGAUCGCCUACUCCCGAUAUUGGAGAGCGCCGCAAAUUCAAAAGAAGCAGUUGAUGUUCACGAACUCAAUUCAGCAUUAACCAUGGAUUUUGUCUCGGCGUAUUUGUAUGGGCUUCAGAACGCAAGCAAUUUGCUGCAAGAUGUGCUAUUUCGGAAGCAUCUCCUGCACAACUAUCAGUGCAGAAAGCCUUUCGAAUUUUACUAUCAAGAAGUGCCGGGUCUAGUCACUCUCAGCCAAGCCAUUGGCUUACCUAUCAUUCCCCAAUGGUGCCGUGACGCAACCCAGGUGAUGGACGAAUGGAAUAUGGAUCUCUGCGACAAGGCCGAGAAGUCCCUCGCCUCUGACAACCCUCGCAUCGAGCCCACGGUAUAUAAGCAAAUGAAAUUAUCCAUGGCCAAGCAAAUGACUCUGGGAAAGGAUGACCCGAAGGGGAAUGCACAGAAACUCAAGCAACAGAAAAUCGACAUAGCUUGUGAAACAUAUGACCAACUCACCGCCGGACACGAAACCAGCGCUGUAGGGCUCACCUACUUAUAUUGGGAACUAUCUAAACAUCCCGAAAUUCAAGACGAAUUACGCAAAGAGCUGCGCACUCUAUCAGUCAAGAUCGGGAGAACCCCUGUAAUGGAAUUUGUCAAGCAGCUCCCAGGAGCCAAAGAGAUCGACGCAUUGCCACUUCUACAUGCAGUUAUCAUGGAGACACUUCGACUUCAUGCACCUAUUCCAGGUAUACAACCACGUGUAACACCAGCGCCAUCCUCAACGCUUGCUGGAUAUGCCAAUAUCCCCCCAAAUAUCAGAGUUAGUGCGCAAGCAUACUCCCUUCACCGCAACCCGGAAGUAUUCCCUGAGCCUGAAGCAUGGCAGCCGCGUCGAUGGCUGAAGGAGUAUAACACCCCAGAAAUGGAGGAGAUGCGAAGGUGGUUCUGGGCCUUUGGCAGCGGUGGGAGAAUGUGUGUGGGCAGCAAUUUCGCUAUUCAAGAAAUGAAACUUGUGACAGCCGCGAUAUACAGCAAUUUUAAAUCUACCAUCGUUGAUGAUGAUGGCAUUGAGGCUAUUGAUGCGUAUACUGUCAAGCCGACCAGUGACAGACUGAUUCUGGAGUUUGAGCGAGAAACCGAAUGGACAAAAUCCGGACAAUACACUGGCAUCACCGAGCUCGAGCUGACCUCGGACGGAAUCGCGCAAGUACAAAAUACCGGCAGGGUCCUCGUUGGGCCUGGAAAACUCAUCGAUCCAUCGCGCGUUGCGCAUGUGUACGUUAGUCCCAGACAGAGGGCACAGGCGACAUUUGACCUGCUCUUUUCAGGGUCAUCGUCUUUGUCGUCUACCAGCGACCGAGUUUCGACAACUGAUCGCCUAGCGGAAUGGGCCUAUGGCGAAUAUGAGGGAAUGGUGACGAGUCAGAUUCGCGCACUGAGGAAAGAACAUGGCCUUGACAGCGAGAGGCCAUGGGAUAUAUGGCGAGAUGGGUGCGAGGGCGGAGAAUCAGCACAGGAAGUGACAGACCGCCUGGAUGAUCUGAUUAAAGAGAUUCGCACCUUUCAGGCCAACCAUAUGCACGGCGAACCUGGUCCGGCCGAUAUCGUGCUGGUAGCACACGGUCAUUUAUUAAGAGCAUUUGUAAAGCGAUGGCUGGGAUAUCCCAUGGAAUUCCCAUUGUCGCUGAUGCUUGAACCAGGCGGCAUUGGUGUUUUGAGUUACCAGCAUCACAACGUUAAUGAACCGGCGCUUUUCGCAGGCAUGGCCUUCCCAAGCGCAUCUUGA